UCGGCUGUGUCUCAAGUCGAAGGCAAAGCCAUCCCUGCUUGCUAUGCUCGAACGGGUACACACACUCGCUCCCUGAGUCGGUUCAGAGUCGCUGUCUCGUUGAGUGGGUCCUGCUUCUCUACUCACUGCAGAAAAUAAAAGACCUGGCUGAUAGGAAUCGGAGCAAAGAAAGCACCCAGACUUCACAAAGUCACAACUACGACGUCUACGAAAAUUACAGACACGUUUCUUUUUUCACUGGUCUCAAUCUCAAAUCGCUUGCUCGCUCUCUGGUAACUCUCUCUCCCCCUCUCAAGAACUCAACCUGUUCUCCUCCCUCCCUGUACUUCUCUACUGGAUUAGAGGCUGCAGAAGCUGAUCGAUCAUCGCUGGCUUAGUUUGCCAUGAAAUCUAAAGCCCAUGCUCACACUGGAAAUGGCUACGCUAGCGAGAGUGGGAGCAGCAGCUCUCCCAGCCCGCCAAGGUCACCGCGCCGUCAAUCAUCCACCAACACAUCGCAUUGCCGUCGACGACUGCGACCCAAAGCCCUCUCUCACACCACCCACCGUCUAGAAAGCUUCGCCGCCGGUAUCAUUGCUCGCCGGAAUAUCCGCUACUUCUUCCUGCUGCCACUUCUCUACAUCUCUGGCUUGCUCAUGUGGGUGGGGCCGUUCUCUGCCCUCAUUGGCCACGCUGUUCCCGGCUCAGUCUAUCGUAGUCACGAGAUUUUUCAAAAGCUUUGGCCCGAUAUUGAGUCUGACAAUUCGUCUGCAGUGGAGUUAUCUUCAGUAUGGAAGUACAAAAGAAAGUUGAGGGAGCCCAAACCUUGUCCAAAUGUCACCUCAAUGCAACAUGAACAUUUUGCGUCUUCAGGCCAUAAUGGUUUCCUAAUUGUGGAGGCUAAUGGAGGCCUUAACCAGCAACGUUCUGCAAUUUGCAAUGCUGUGGCCGUGGCUGGACUCUUGAAUGCUAUACUGGUUAUACCUCACUUCGAAUUCCACAAUGUCUGGAGAGAUCCAAGUGAAUUUGGGGAUAUCUACGAUGAAGAUCAUUUUAUAUCUACUCUUGAGGGUUAUGUGAAGGUGGUUAAAGAACUUCCUGAGGUACUCAUGGAGAGGUAUAAUUAUAACAUCAGCAAUAUCACUACUAUCCGGGUCCAAGCUUGGGCUCCUGUCAGUUAUUACUUGGGAGUUGUUUAUCCAAUCAUGCAAAAGGAAGGAGUCAUUCGAAUAUCGCCAUUUGCCAACCGAUUAGCAAUGAGUGUCCCUCCUCACAUUCAAUUUUUGAGAUGUCUUACUAAUUAUAAAGCUCUGAAGUUUGCUUCUUCAAUAUCAAUACUAGCCACGAAACUGGUUAACCGAAUGAUUGAGAAGAGUUCAAGAACAGAUGGGAAGUAUGCUGCUGUGCAUCUACGCUUUGAGGAGGACAUGGUGGCAUUCUCCUGUUGUAUAUAUGAUGGAGGGGAGGUAGAAAGGUUGGAAAUGGAUUCAGUUCGAGAGAAAGGAUGGAAGGGGAAAUUCAAGCGAAAAGAUCGUAUUAUUCUACCUAACCUCAAUAGAAUCAAAGGAAAAUGCCCACUUACCCCUUUGGAGGUUGGGAUGAUGUUGCGUGGCAUUGGGUUUGAUAACAAUACAUCAAUAUAUUUGGCUUCUGGGAAAAUAUACCAGGCAGAGAGACAUUUGGCUCCUUUAAUAAAGAUGUUUCCCAAUCUUCAUACGAAGGAAUCUCUUGCAACUCCAAAUGAGCUUGCUCCCUUUAAGGAAUAUUCCUCUCAAUUAGCAGCACUAGACUACACAGUAUGCUUGUAUAGUGAGGUUUUUGUAACAACUCAGGGUGGUAACUUCCCUCAUUUUCUGAUGGGUCAUCGAAGAUUUCUCUAUGAUGGACAUGCAAAGACCAUUAACCCUGAUAAGCGCAAGCUUGUUGGUCUCCUGGGGAAUGCUAGUAUUAGUUGGAGAACUUUCAAGGAGAAGAUGGAGUCUAUGCUUGGUGACAAUGACCGGAAAGGAAUCCUUGUACCAAGAGUUAGAAAAAUUAACAGGAAAACUUCAGUCUACACAUAUCCGUUGCCAGAAUGCAGAUGUCUACAGCAGUUGCAUGCCAGUCAAAUUGACCACAAUUUAGACAGUCAUGAUAAUUACAUCCGCAGAAAAACUUAAAUGAAUAAUGCCAUUCUUCUGAUGUCAUGUCUUCCACGCCCCUGAAAUCAUCAGAUUUGCAUCAGUUCAACACCCUUGGUAUUUCACCCUUCUGUGGCUAAUGAUGCUACAUGCUCUUCUGAUUUUGAGGGUAAAAAUGAGUUGUUACUGCCCAAUGCCAAGAUGUGGGCACUGCAGUUCAGAGGAUGAGAAAUUCCGUUUGUGUGUUUUUCUGGCACUGAAGGAAGAUUUUCUGUGCAUAUUACAUGUUUUUCAUAGGCUGAUAGUUUUUUGGCUUUGCCAUGGGAAGGUAGAAGUGGUGACACUGCUCAACUUCGCUUGUGUUCCACGGAGAAGUACAUAAGAACUCAGGUACAGAGUUGUAUUUUGACUUCUCUCUCUAAUCCAUGUUUUUAGAGCUGAUACGGACCUUCUAAAUAUGUCAUUUAUUUUGUAAAAUUAUUAGGCUAGGAGAGGGAAUUGAAAAAGUGAAUUGAUCAAAUUUUGCAUUUUUUGGAUUCUUUCUACCAGUUUCAGCUUAGGGAGGCAUUCUCUAGGUGCUGUGGACGUGUGCUUGUGUCUUGUGCCCUCCUCCAUCUUUUAAGAUUCAAUUUCACUUCUUCAGGCUCUUUUUUAACCUUAUCUCAACUUUCUGUACUCGAAGAUUCCUCAGAUGAUGAUCUUUGAAAAGUAGGUAGUGAAAAUUAUCCGAAAGGAGUUGAGAUAUUUCCUUAUCAUGUCUUGAAACUUCUCCUUCUGUUCAUAAUUGCAGAUAAACUAUAGCAGGGUUUUCCUGCCUUCUAAGUGUUAGACCAUCUUCUAAACGAUGUUA